CUCCAAUUGAGCCCAUAUUUUACACAACAAACCAUUGACUCAAUUGUGUCUCACUUACCACUCAUUUGUCACAUAUUUUACACGAAGAUCUUAUUUAUUAUCACUGAUAUCACCACCGAUUGCCACCACAUCCUCACCAAUGGCUACGUUCACUCAAAUGCGGGACGAGUUGAAGACCUGUCCCUACAAUCCGGAGCAUAAAGUGGCCGCUCGUCGUCUUCAGAUGCACAUUGUCAAGUGCUCGAAGAACCCGGCCAACCCAGUGCUGGUCGACUGUCCAUUCAAUGCACUCCACAAAGUGAAGCCCGAAGAGCUGAGACAACACAUCCUUGGGUGCAAAGACAGUCGACAAGUGAUCCGUGAGAUCGAGGAGACCCGCAACCGACCCGUUGCUCUUAACCGACCGGCCAUUACGAGACCUCUGGUGCCGACGUCGACGGAUGACUGGGACGCGCAGAUCGACAGAUCAAAGGCCAAGACAUAUAUAAUGCCCGGACUCUCACUCGAUGGCGACGACAGCGCCUCCAAUGAUGACAAGAGUGACGAUCAGAAGCCCUACAAAAUCAAGUCCAACGUUCAGGUCCAGUGUAUGAAACCCGCGGCGCGUAAGAAGUAUUACGAGGAAUUGCGUGACUCCGCGAAACUCAGACAACUCGAAGAGAAGGACAAAGUGGUUAAGGAUGAGCACAGUCCGCGCAAUACAUCGUUAGCUUCUGCGGCCUCCACAUCGGGCUCAGUGUUGGCGCUGACGUCGACAUUGACAUCGACUCCAGUCAAGGAUGAGGUGAAGGACGAGGAGACAGACAUUCGGCGACCAAAUGUGAACCCUUUCCGCCCCAAACUGAGUGGCAUCGGCCGCGGCCACAGUCCCGCCAUCAGACGAGACGUGGCUUCCGUGGGUCAGCACAAUGUGAAGCGCGAGAAUGAGAGGGACGACAGCCCUCGUAGUAAACGAUUCUCACCCGAAACCAUCCCAGGCUUCGACUGAUUGGCACUUUUAUGCUGUGAUUUUCAGUUUCAUUUCAUUUUAAGACUUCAAUAUUUACAUCAGUUUUAUGCCUUUAAUCUCAACAAAUAGUUU